AUGAAGUGCGAAAAAGAAACUAACUUAAAAAUAUUAUUUUUACUGAACUUUAUUAUAAAGUGUUACGGAUAUUCUAAUAAUGCCGGAGUUUAUGGAAGUAUCAACGUACAUUUUAAUGAAAAUGUACCGAACAACAGACCGAUAUCGCAAGAUUACUAUUCAUCGGGAAAACCAGAGAGUUAUUUACCAAUAUCACUAUCAGAAAACUUUUUUUCUCAACCAAACGGUUACCCAUCAAAGCAAGGGUCGAAUGAGGAAGUUAUAUUAGUGAUAGUUGAAGAAUCGAUGGACAACAAGGCUAAUGACAAUGUAUUAAGACCAUUCUACAUAAGCAAUGAACAAGGUAAUUAUCAAAACAACGAGAAUAGCCACGACCAUAAAUAUAACGAUCACGUUGGAUACCACCAGAAUAACGAAGCCAAUACUGGUCAUAAACCUGGAUAUUAUGGACACAACCAAAUCGUACCAUUAGUUAAUAAUAACAAUCACGGAUAUGUAGUUAAUCCAUUGAUGAUUGGCCAAGAAAUACCGAAUUCUUGGAACGAUUACAACAAGGAAAAUAUUGAGAUUAAUUAUAUUUACUAUCAAAACCCAAACAAGAAUAAUGUCAAGCCUACAGCGUCCACAACAGAACCAACACCGAUUACAACAGCAGCAGUGUCCACAACAGAAUAUGUUAUGAAAACAACAAAGAAACCUGAUGACGAACCGUCAGGACUGGCGGGAGAUCACCAAGAAUACAUUUAUACUGGAGAUAAAAUAUACAUAGGAGGAGCACAUACAAAAGACACGGAACAGAAACCCACAGAUAACGAUGAAGAAGAUUUUAAAAUAGAUGUAAGGUUUAAUAGAGAUCCAUCAAAUUGA